GCCACACUCGCAGACCAGACCUUGAGGAGCCCUGGCGCCCAGCGAAGCGGUGAGAAACGGGGCUGGGAACUGGGAGGAACCAGCGGGUGAGGGAGGCUCCUGCCCCAGGCCACCGGCCUAGGAGGGUUCCCCAAUGGCCCUUCGCAGAGAGGGGACGAGCAGGGUGGCCAGAUUUCGCACCUCUCUCAGGGGUCAGUGUGUGGUGAGCAAGGACAGCGGCAGGACCCAGGAAGCGUGAAGCGGGGAGUGGGCAUCUCCUGAGCCCCUGCGACUGAGCCCCUACCGUGCCCCAGACCAGAUGAGGCACCAACCGGACUCCUGCAAUCCCCGCCCUCCUUGCCGCUGUGGCCUGGGACAGGAGGACGCAGAUGCAAUUUAAAAGCAGGGAAAGUGACAAUCAAUUGGUGCUUUUCAGAGUCAGAAAAAGGGGGGCCCUCAAGUUCUGCGCUGGGGGGCGUUUGAUUUCCAUGUUACAGACUUUCUCUGGAAGAGAAGAAAGGGUAUGAAUUGUCCCUGGUAGUGGCUCCAGACUCCCAGAAAGCAUGAGGCCAGCUGGCAGGACUGUUUUCUGAGACCCAUUUGUGCAUGGCCAGGACUGGGGCAGAGACCCUGGAGGCUCUUCUCCCUCUGCAGAGCCCCCAACUUGCCAGGAGUGACUCCCGAAUCCCCAUGAUUAGGGUGUGCACAUCUUAGUACCCUGCGGGCUGUGGCGGAUCUGCCCCCAGUUCUGGUGGCUGAAGUGACUGAACCCUGAUCUUGAAGGAGGUGCUGCUGAGAUAGAGGGAGGCAAGUCCAGAUUCCAGGAAGGGGGUGGGGGAUGGACAAAGGUCUGGAGAAAGGAUGCACUUUGGGGAGCAAGGUGAAAGGGGGCCGUGAGGGGAUGCCUUGAAUGUCAAACUGGGAACCCCAGAGAACACAGGUUCUGAGCUCCCUGCUUCCCCCUGCAGGACCCCUGAGCUGAUCCUACCCCUUUCUGGCCAGUGGAAGGCUCCUGCCCUCCCCAGCUCACCAGGGCUACCGUUCCCAGCUUCCUUCCUGAGAGGACUCCUGGAGACCAUCCCUUUUCCACAUUGGCCAGGUCUGUGAUCCCAACUGUCCCUCAUCUUUUCCUACUGGAAUCAGAAUGGCCCUCUGGUGUUACUGCCUCUUCUGUCUUCUGAUCAGGAGUCUCUCUGGGACCUGUUCUAACUCCCCAGGUGAAACAAGGCGCCCUUGGGUGGCAGCUUCGCAGGCCCCUGGUGAGAUGGUGGAGAUUUCAGAUGGGGUGUGCAAGUUUCCAAAGCAGCGGCUGAGCUGGUGGCAAGCCCAAGAGUCUUGUGAGCAGCGGUUUGGCCACCUGCCAAUGGGGCCCCCAGAUGGGGUUCUUGCUUCGCGGCUUCGUGACCCAGUCUGGUUGGGCCAAAGAGAAAUCUCCCUGCGGAGUCCCCCACGGAGGAGCGAGCGCACCACCGCGGCGCUGGUGUUCGGCGAGAAGACGGCGGACAGGGCGGCGCGGCUGCGGACGCCCCUGCCAGCUCUGGAGGCGCUGACGGCGUGCGCGCACUUGCAGUGGGACAGCAGCUCGCCCGAAGUGGCCGCGAUCUUCUCCCUCGCCGCCCCCGCGCUGGCCAACGCGCUGCAGCUGCGGGCCUUCGCCGAGCCGGGCGGCGCGGUGCGGGCGGCGCUGGUGGUACGCGGGCACCACGCUCCCUUUCUCGCAGCCUUUCGCGCCGACGGCCGCUGGCACCACGUGUGCGCGACAUGGGAGCAGCGCGGGGGUCGCUGGGCGCUGUUUGCUGACGGGCGGCGGCGCGCCACGGCGCGAGGACUGGGCGCGGACCACCCGGUGCCGCCCGGUGGCAUCCUGGUGCUGGGCCAGGAUCAGGACUCCCCGGGCGGCGGCUUCUCGGCGCGCGACGCCUUCAGCGGCAACCUCACCGACUUCCACCUGUGGGCCCGGGUGCUGAGCCCCGCGCAGCUGCACCGCGCACGCGCCUGCGACCCGCCUCCCGACGGCCUGCUCUUCGUCUGGGACCCUGGCUCCCUGGACAUCACACCCUCACUGCUGCCGCCCGUUCCGACGCGCCUUCCCUGCCCGGUGCCCUCAGAAGAGUGCCCCACGUGGAACCCAGAACCCCCCACCGAGGGCUCGGAGCUCUGCUUGCAGCCGCUGCUCUUCCUCUGCUGCUACCAGAAAGAGACCUAUCAGCAGCUGCAGGAUGUCCGGUUGUGGCCAGGACAGGAUGUUAUCAGCAAAGUCAAUGCUUUGGCCAAGGCCAUUGUGCUCCUCCCAGACCCCCUCUCUGAAGCCCCUGAGGCCCUGACCCUGGACAAGGCCUCCAGGUUCCUGGGCCUUCUGGACAGAGUCCUGGUGGAGGAGACCACUCCACUGGGGCCGGCUGCACUGCUGGCUGUCCUGCACUUCCUGAAGAGGGUGACAGCCCUUGGGGCUGGGGAGCCAGAGCCCUUGACAGGGCCCUGGGAACAGCUGGGCAGGGGCGUCGUGUCUGUGGCCAGCCGGAUCCUGGAGAAGCAGAUGGCUGGAGCGUGGCUGUCCCUCAGUGAGGUGGUCGGUGGACCUAUGGCCCUGGUGGCGAGCAUGCAGCGCCUGGCACCCCUGCUGAGUACCGUGCUGACCUCUGAGCAGCCCCGAAUGUCCAUCCAGCACCAUCAUGCAGGCCUGGAGGUGCGGAGCCUACACCUGAGGGAGGCCAGCGCUGGGGGCUACGUAUUCACAAUGCCUGGGGGGCAUCCAGAGGGGCCCGGCCACAUCCACAUUCCCGCAGGUGAAGUGAGGCGGCUCAUCGGGAAAGGCCUCUCUGGAGUCACCAUGAUCCACAGCUGGUUCACCUCCAGUGUCUUCCAGUACGCCCUGGGGGUGCCUGCCCUGAAACCCCAGGCCUCUGACAGCUCAGAGGAGGCCGACAGGAUGCAGAGGUUCCUGAGCACACAGGUGGGGUCAGCCAUCCUCUCCUCCGAGGUGUGGGACGCUGUCGGGGAGGUCAGCACGGCUGUGACCUUCCACCUGCAGCACCAGGCCCAGGCCUUCCCUCAGAAGCUGGUGGAGCCCGUCUGUGCUUUCUGGAACUUCAGCAUCAGCCCACACACAGGGGGUUCCUGGGCCACCGCGGGCUGCUCCGUGCUCUCCCUGUACCAGGACUCCACUGCCUGCUUCUGCAACCACAGCACCAGCUUCGCUGUCCUGUUGCAGGUGUACGACAUCCAGAGAGGCCCCGAGGAGGAGUCACUUCUGAGGACCCUCUCGUUUGCGGGCUGUGGCGUGUCCCUGUGUGCCCUUGCUACCACCUUCUUGCUCUUCCUGGCAGCUGGGGUCCCCAAGUCAGAGAGGACCACAGUCCACAAGAACCUCACCUUCUCCCUGGCCUCUGCUGAGGGCUUCCUCAUGGCCAGUGAGUGGGCAAAGGACAACAAGGUGGCAUGUGUGGCUGUCACAGCUGCCAUGCACUUUCUCUUUUUGGUGGCAUUCUCCUGGAUGCUGGUGGAGGGGCUGCUGCUAUGGAACAAGGUGGUAGCCGUGAGCAUGCGCCCAGGUCCCAGGAUGAGGCUCUACUAUGUCAUAGGCUGGGGCAUGCCCGUGGUCAUCGUGGCCAUCACCCUGGCCCUGAGAUCCCAUGACUAUGUGGCCGCCGGACACUGCUGGCUUGAUGUGCACGCAGACACCAUCUGGGCCUUCGCGGGGCCGGUGCUCCUCGUGCUGAUGGCCAACACCUACAUCCUGUUCCGCGUGGUGAUGGUCACCGUGUCCAGCGCCCGCCGCCGUGCCCGCAUGCUGAGCCCGCAGCCUGGCCUGCGGCAGCAGAUCAAAAUACAGAUGUGGGCCACAGUGAAACCGGUACUGGUCCUUCUGCCCAUCCUGGGCCUAACUUGGCUGGUCGGCAUCCUGGUGCAUCUCAGCCCGGCCUGGGCCUACGUUGCUGUGGGCCUCAAUUCCUUCCAGGGGCCCUACAUCUUCCUGGUCUAUGCUGCCUACAAUGGGGAGGUGAGGAGCGCCCUGCAGAGGAUGACCGAGAAGAAGGCUGUGGGUCAGGCAGGGCCCAGCGCUGUCACCAUCUCCUGUGGGACCUGCUCGGGCCCCUCUAGCCAGCAGCCUCCGGGUCCCUGGGAGGCGCCCCGGACUCCACCAAGAAGACACGUGGCUCUCAGAGGGAUCCACGGCCCCAGAAUCCCCACAGCCUUCUCUUCUAUUGCAGAACCCCAGAGACCGGCUGUGGAGCUAACAGCAUUCAAGGCUUCAGGUUUCUAGAGAGUGUCCAGGGGCUUUCCUGCAAGCCCCUCCCCAGCUCACCUGGCCUGGGGACACCCUCCCAGGACCCCCAAUCUGGAAAAGAGGCACAGCUGGCAGCCUCAAGUGACAGAAGAGCAGCCCUGGAUCAGCUACUCCCAGCUUGAGUGUGGACCCCUCCUGGGGCUCCCGCUAACCCCAGCAUGACCCACUGUCCCCUCUUCCUGAGAUUUGUCCCUGUCCACCUAUCGCCAGGUUCCGACACGCCCUGCAGUGUCUGGUAAUAAACAGUACUGUUGAGAU